AUGAUGCAGCUUCAAUUGCCGCUGCUGUGCCUGAAGCUGCUGGGCAGCGAAAGGAACAAUCAACCCUAUCCAAGAAUGCUGUACCUGGAAAUUCGCUAUUCUUCAACUUUCCCUACUUUCAGAACAGUGGUGCUCUUAAUAGGGCUGAGAACUCUGUCUAUAGAACAGCCUUCAAAUUACGAUCUGUGCAAACUCUUUGCCAAUGAAAUACGUCUCCACCCUUGGUUCACUCUUCCUGCAGUGGACUUAAUGGACAGCUCCCUAAUUCAGCGAGUUCUGUGGUGUGGACGUGUAGGGGAGAGCACAGAGACCUCCCUCUCCGUGCAGCAGCUUUUCCAGGAGCUCCAGGAGCUGUUUCAAAGAAUGGGGAACCCAGAAGAAGUGUACCCAAGAGCUCCCGAACUCACUCUGAGUCUUCUCAUGGCCAUGUACGACAGAAAACAACAGGAGAGCAUGCUGUCCCGGGCCCGCCUGACUCGAAGAGUUUUGAGAGCCUUACUGACAGAUCUCCAGCAGGUGUUCAACCUUUGCAGCUUGCGUGAGCUCCAUAGCUAUGAGCACCAUUGCUCAGGCACAUGCACUCCAUUUUCAACAGCUAACAAGGGGUUGCCUUUGCAGAUCCCAACUGUUGUGGGAGAGAGCUGCACUUUGUGUCCUGUGGAGAGCGCAAUUAACAGCUGCUUCCGAGGGGUAUUGAGCUCUGGAAUCAAGGAGGAGAAAUUCCUGACUUGGGCACAGUCUGAGCCUCCCGUCCUCCUGUGGGCUCCCAACCUGCUACCGACUGUCAGCCUCAGAGGCAGUUACUCACCCUGUGCGGUGCAGUGUCUGCAGAACCUUCCCGAUCACAGGACUGAGACAGACCUGGGCAGGAUGUGGGGAUGCGGAGUGAUCAGCAACCACGACUUCCUAGAAGAAACUGAAUGUAAGGAUAACAUACAAUCCCACGUAGCCCCGGAUGAAGAAAAAGAACAAGUCGGGUCCGAGGGUGCUCUUAAUAGGGCUGAGAACUCUGUCUAUAGAACAGCCUUCAAAUUACGAUCUGUGCAAACUCUUUGCCAAUUGGACUUAAUGGACAGCUCCCUAAUUCAGCGAGUUCUGUGGUGUGGACGUGUAGGGGAGAGCACAGAGACCUCCCUCUCCGUGCAGCAGCUUUUCCAGGAGCUCCAGGAGCUGUUUCAAAGAAUGGGGAACCCAGAAGAAGUGUACCCAAGAGCUCCCGAACUCACUCUGAGUCUUCUCAUGGCCAUGUACGACAGCACAGGAUCAGGCUUUCUUAGGCUUCAACCUGUGGCUGCUGCCCUGGUCGCCCUGUCAGGGGACAGCCCUCUUACAAAGUACAGAGCUUUUUUUCAGCUCUAUGCAGAAAACAACAGGAGAGCUGAUGCUUCCCGGGCCCGCCUGACUCGAAGAGUUUUGAGAGCCUUACUGACAGAUCUCCAGCAGAUCCCAACUGUUGUGGGAGAGAGCUGCACUUUGUGUCCUGUGGAGAGCGCAAUUAACAGCUGCUUCCGAGGGGUAUUGAGCUCUGGAAUCAAGGAGGAGAAAUUCCUGACUUGGGCACAGUCUGAGCCUCCCGUCCUCCUGUGGCUCCCAACCUGCUACCGACUGUCAGCCUCAGAGGCAGUUACUCACCCUGUGCGGUGCAGUGUCUGCAGAACCUUCCCGAUCACAGGACUGAGAUAUCGCUGUCUGAAGUGCCUCAACUUUGACGUCUGCCAGCUGUGUUUCUUAUCUGGGCGCCACAGAAAAUCCCACGAGCAGUCACAUACUGUGAUGGAGGACCAUGUCCAGGUGUCAGCAACGGAGAAUACAAAACUCCUCUUCAGGAGCCUUAGAAACAUCCUGCCCCAGAGACACGACAGGACAGGAAGGCAGUGGCUGCUGACCCAGUUGGCGUCAAGGGAGGCAGCUAGCCAUGCGCAGACCAGGCUCUGGCCGAAAGCCCCAAUGUAUGUGAGGCCAACAGGAGCAGUGGCAGCAGCAGCCACAGAACACACCAGAUUCCUGUGUCAAAAGCUAACACCCUCUCCACAGGCAAAUGACAACCCACAUCACCAGGCCAUAGUCAACAUUAAGGAAGAACUGUGGAGGACUCGUGACUCUAUCAGUACUCUGCACAGGGAAAGAAAGCUCCUUCGAAAGCAGUUAAAUAGAUACAAACACAAAUUGCAAGGCACGUAUACCCUACAGGAAGAACACAAUUGCAGAUUUGAAACGAAGAUUCGGGAGCUCACCACCAGCCAGGAUAACCUAUGGGCCAAGCUGCAGCAGAUGAGACAAGACCUACAGGCAAUGUUGCGGCCACUCCAUCUUUCCUCUUCACCUCAAAAGACCACACCAUCUAAGACUGACCACUCUUUACCUGACGAUGUGUUCUGGAGAGGAGACUCCUUGCUCAUCAAGAGCAUCAUUAGAGACAGUGCAUCAUGGGAACUUCACGCUGACCCUGCCAAGGCUGACGAAAGUCACAAGUGUCAAGCAGGCUCAGGGAAAGCUCUACCAGACUCUGAACUCCCAGAGAUCAUUUUGAAGAGCAACAGAACACGAAGCCACCUACAGAAGGUGCUUAAGGAAGACAAUCCCCGGAUCCCUCCAGCUGAAGUGAGCAACUCUGCUCAGACACCGUCACCGGGGAAAGAGAGAGACCAUGCCAGUGAAAAAAGGAAUGCCCCAGAAGAAGAAGAAUUACAAGCACUGUUGCCCAGACUCCUGGAUGCCUUUGACCUAGACACGCCAUCAGGUCUGCAGCCUUUGGUGGACGUGGAGCUGUAUGGUAGAGCCCAGCAGGUGUGCAACGCCUUCUCAGCCCUUGUGGAUCAGAUCACCUUGCCCAGUCCGGAGUGA